AUGGCGGAGAAAUCUAACGAAGAAAUGAAGCCUGAAAUGGAAGCAGCAGCUACUGCCGUAGAACAACCGAAAGAAAGCGGUGGCGGCGGAGGAUGGGGCGGUUGGGGUUUUUCUCCAUUAUCUUAUCUCUCAGAUCUUCAGAAGGCAGCUACUGUUGCUGCCGAAGAGAUCUCUCGCAAUGCUGUUGAAGCUGCUAAGACAGCAGCAAAGAGCGUUACAGAUAUACAAAUGCCGGAUAAAGAGUCUGAAUUUUCGAAGGAGGACGAAACAGAAGCAUCUGCAAUUGAAAAGGAAAAGGAAAAUGAAGAUGAUAAUGACAAGCGUCGUAAGGUGGCUUUGGAUAAACUGGAAAAAGCCAGUGAAGAUUCACUCCUUGGCCAGGGGUUGAAGGUUUUCGAUAAUUCCGUGGAAUCUUUUACCUCUGGAGCUUGGCAAGCAAUAGGAAGUGCAUGGAAAGAGGGUGCCACUUUAGUCCACAAGCUUGAGAACUCGGCUUCAAAUUUUUCGGAAUCCAUUCAAAAUGGUGGUCAACCUGGGGCAGAUGGCUCUGUAGUUCCUUCUUUAAUAGAGACCGGAAAAGCUUUUACAGCCAAGGGACUGCAAGUUCUCGAGGUAGUUGGCAAAGAAACAAUGGAUCUUUUGAUUAUAGAAACUGGUCUUGAAGUUGAGAAAAAUAAGAAGGAAUUUGAGGGGGAAAUGGAGAAGGAUCAAUUGUUUGAAGAUGUUACAUUCGAACGGUGCUUUUAUAUCUAUGGAGGUCCAGAGCAGUUGGAGGAGUUGGAAGCAUUGUCUAACCAUUAUGUACUGAUAUAUAACAGAAGAAAGGCUAAACUCUCAUCUGAACUAAAAUCUAUAUGUGAUGGAAAGCUCAAAGAGGUCCAAGACAUUUUUGACUUGGGUGCUGAGCUUGAUGGAAGUGGCACGGAGUUGGAGAAAGGGAAGAUGGUGGAGGCUGGAACCGAUUACAGUAUUGAUGAAAUGAAGAACUUCCAUGAUUCAAGCAUUCGCAAGGCUGCUGACCUGGUUGCAGGUUUUACAAAUGCUUUGGCUGGACUAGCUCCAAAUGACAUAAUUCAAAGAACUGUUGGGAGACUUGAUUCUCUUCAAUCAGAGGGUGUCCAUAGACUUUCAGAAAUGUGCUGCUUUGCAAUGACUCAACUUCUGGUGCUUGGGAAAUCCAUGAUAUCUAAUGCUAACAAAAUUCAGGACGAAGAGAUUGAUGAGGAAACUGUGAAGAUUGAUUGGCCUGAGGAUUCUGUUGAAAAAGCUAAGAUAAUCAGAAGGAAGGUGCAAUCAAUGACCGUUAAUGUGGAAACAGUUUCAAACAGUUUUAUUACAGGAAUAUCAGAUGUAGCUGACACAUAUGUAGCUGCAAUUAAAAGUGCUACUGCUGAUUCACAACUACUCCCGGAUAAAUCGGUUGAGAAGAAAGCUGAUAUUUAUAUUGAAAGUCUCCGCACAGGUCAACGUUCUGCGGUCGGGAAAAUUCAGGAUGGGCUGCGAUAUUUGUCUUACGUAGCUCUCUCUACCUCAAUGCCUGCUGCUUGA